AUGGCCAUCGUCAAUUCGUUCAUAUUUGAGAACUCGAGGUUCGGGGCGAUCGCUUUGUUCAUGAACGCAGGGAUGCUGGUCAUGAUCACUGGAUACCAAAUAACUAUUUUAAACCCGUUGGCGCCGGUUAUGGUCAGUUUGUUCAAUCAAACACAUGUGAGCCGCUACGGUGUCCCAAUGCCGCCUUCAGUUUCCAUAUCAAUAAUGGCCAUCGUCAAUUCGUUCAUAUUUGUCGGAGCAUUUAUUGGUGGGUUGGCGACCAAGUUUCUGUUGGGCUGGUUUUCCCCGAAGCGGGUCAUGCAGAUGGGUCACGUGGUUAGCCUGCUAUCGAUUCUGGUAAUGGCGCUGAUAACUGGACUCACAGGAUCCUACGAAGUUUUAAUUAUUGGUCGUUUCCUCGCUGGUUUAAGUGUGGGCAUCUCAUACAACUUGCCGUCGCUGAUGGUUGCAGAAACAAGUGCACCAGCGAAGUCGGGUUUUUGGCAAAGCACCGUCGGUUCUUGUGAUAUUUUCGGGCUGUUACUUGGCGCCGUUAUCGGACAUCCGCGGGUCUUCGGCACAGCAACGCUUUGGCCCGUCGGUAUUUCACUUGCCGGCGUCCCCGCUGUUAUUUACCUCGUCGCAAGCAUUUGGCUGCCGGAGUCGCCGUUUUAUUUAAUCCGAAUGAAGAGACAGGACGAAGCGGUUGAAGUUCUCCAACAGAUACGAACCGGAACGAAGGGUGAUAUAUUGGAAGAAAUUGCGAGAAUGAAAAGUGAAAUGAAAAACGUUGAACAAGUCGGCAUCAAGGAAAUGUUGACGAACAAAGGAUACAGGAAACAGUUCUUCGCAGUCCUUGUUGUUUACGGCAAUCUAGUUUUAGUUGGGAUCAAUAAUAUCGUUAUUUAUUCGGACCAAAUCUUUCUACAAGCAGGCAUCGCCGCUAAUAAUGUGACGUUCGCCACCAUCGGUGUUUUCGCCUUGUCAUUCAUUGCUUCCGUAUUCGGGUCCAAAAUCGUCGAUCGUUUCGGAGGAUACAAGGUAAACAUUGCAUGUAACGGCAUCCUUAUCUUUGCGAUGGUGUUGUUCACUAUAAGUCAAGCCACUGCUCACCUGGCACCGUCGGCAAUGCCUUACGUAGCGAUCGUUGCAGUCGCUAUUUACAUGUGCGCGUGGUCUGGUGGAAGUAACUUAGCUGUCUUCGCUUUGGUUGGUAAACUGACUGUUGAACCGACUCGAGCAACUGUGUAUGGAUACGGGUCUAUGCUUCUGUGGACUCUCGCAUGGUUUAGCAGCUUCAUACCACCCUAUUUGCAGAUUGGACUAGGAGCUUAUAUGUUGAUGAUCUGGGUAUUUUUCGCCGUCGUGUUUCUCAUCUACCAUUUGCUGCUGAUCCCAGACACGAAGGAAAACAGCAGUGAGGAAAUCCAAGCUUACUUCAAUGGGGCAAACCAAAGUAUUACAAAUGAAAGACUUGAAAUGUUUUAAUCGAACAAGUGCUCGAAUCACUGCAAUUGAUGCUUUUAACACAUUAAACGAGUAAUACCGAAAUAAAAUUACGCGAAUCUG